CUCCCUGUUCCACCAACCUCAUCCCAUCUCGUCUCUUCCUCCUUGUCCCACUAUCCUAUUUUCUUAAACUCCUCUUGAUACCCGAACCUCUUCGUACUACUUCGUUUCAAAUGUCUUGCAUGCACAUUCAUAUUUCCAUAUCCUCGUGACAUUUCUCCUUUCCAAACCUCUCCUCGGCCUCUCUCCUCCCUCCCUCCUCCUCUCUCCUCCCUCUCUCCUCCUCCUCCUCCCCCUCCCCCUCUCUCCGAAUCAUAUCCGUCACUGGCCGGGGAUUCUCGUCCUCGACCGCAUGCGCAACAACCCGAUCGCCGUUGCGCCGGAGGGAGUUGUCGACGGGGACGCUUAGAGUUGGCGCAGCCCCCUUAGCAGCUUCGAAUUCUCCCACCGAGCUCACCCCGGUGCUGUGCCCUGUGCCGGCUUUUUUCGAUCCUACCGACACGUCCAUGGAUGCACUAUGAUCUCCAUGCAACGUUCGCUCUCUUCGCCCGUUCGCAUUCAUUCUUCUGCUCCCGUUUGUUCAGAUGAUGUCGCCCCCUCAACCGUAAAGCCUCCUUCGACGCCACCGACCCCUCCUCCCCCCAACGUCGACGCCCGUGUCGAACGUGUCGAACGUGUCGACAUCCCUCGACCCGUCCAUCGUCCUCGGUCGCGCAGUCCCACCCGGACAUCUCGGACUAUUGGUUCCCUUCCUCCCCGUCGGAGCGAAGAUACCUCCAGGCAUGCUCAUGCUGAUGCUAAUGUCCAUGCUCACACUCCUCGAACCCACCCCAGUGCCAGUGCCGACUCGAAUGCGACCAGGAAACUCUUGGUAGCCCAGGACUCCCAACCUUCCCCGACUGCCCCCGCGGACAUGGACCGCGCCAUACAUUCCUCGACGCCUUCGCCGCCCUCCCCCCCCAUAGAUAUAGAUGCAGGCCCCGUCUCGCUUGCUGCGUCGCUUAUUCCCGAUUUGUCUCUCUACUCCAACUCAUUUCAGACCCAGGAGAAUGAAGGCACGACCCUGGAGGAGCUGGCUCACCUGGUUAGGCUGUCCAAAUACCAAGAGCGCAAGCGCGCCAGUACCCGGAUCCGUCUCCAGCGGUGCCUUAUUUCCACCGCCCUCUCCGCCCGCUUGACUCGCUGCGGUGAGAUCGCCCGGAGAAACCUGGCCGACUGCUUCCGCAAGGACAACAAGGCCGUCUUCGCCCCUCUAUACAAUGCCAUCCACGAUGUCCGCAAGAGCUGUGACGAGCUCCGGCGUUAUGCUCUCUUGGAACCCGAACUGGACUCCAUCAACUGCCCUGUACCGCCUCCGCCGCCUCCCGACGCUUCCGACGUUGGCCCCGACUCUGUAGUGUCGUCCGUCGCCAUUGCCCCGUUUCUCAACGACGUUUCUGCUUCGGCCCGGGAGACCUUCCUGGGCUUCCUGACCCAGAUUCGCACCAACCCGGACUACUUGGCAACCCGUCUCUGCUCCCUGACUACCUCUGAACUGAAUGCCCUGACUACCUUUCACCACGUCCUGGAGCCCAUCGAGUCCGUCCUUCCCUCUGUGCAUGGUCAUGGUCUUGGUCGAUCUGCCACCGGAGCCCGGACACAACCCACCGGUAGCGCCUCGGGCCGUCAUGGGACGACCCAGCAGAAUGCCGCCAUUGAGCGCUUGUUGUCCUUCCAGCGCCACGAUCCCCUUUCUGCCUUGAUCCACACUUGCUUCGCCAACUCGGCCGGCCCUGACAGCGCCGAGGAUAGGAGGCGCACCGACGUUUGGGCUACCGCCUUGGCCCGCCUCAUCACCGAAUCCAAGGCGAACAAGGUACACAGUGAGCACAUGCUGAUCUACGUCCUCAAUGUCUGGACUGUCAUGCGUGAUUGGGCCGGUAUAACCAAAAUGGAAUGGUUCCUUAUGAAGAUCCUCGAAGACGGCGCUUUCCUCCUGGACCGUGCCGAGGACCAGCACGGGACCCGUUUCAACCUUUCCGACUGGACCGCUAGGGACAGCGAGGCCGCCGAUAGAUUCUAUGACCGGGCCGUCCAUGAAUUGUUUGACAUCAUCGAUGAUGAGGAUGCGACCGGUGUGCCUGAGGGCCUGGUCGAACUGGGCAACGCCAUCCUGAAUCGGAUCGACCCGAAGCUCGUCGACAGCACCAGGAAUUGGUUCGUGUGGAAGUGGCUCUUUUCCUCGUUUCUUCUCCACGUCAUGAUUCAUCCCGAGAGCUAUGGCAUGAUGGCGGGAUAUCACGUUUCCGAGUACGGCCGCCAGACCAUCCUCAAGAAGGUAGCCCUCAAGGCCCAGGAACUUGUCGUGAACAUGACCUGCUACAAGAAGGGCAUCUCCGCCAUCUCUCCUCGGAUCCAGGCCCACGUGGAGAACAUCCUGAACAGGUUUCGUGGCGGGAAAUUCCAGAAGCAUGCAGCGAAACUCCUGCCCGCCCGGUCCAUCACCUCGCUGAGGGAAACCGUCGAGGUCCAUCCCUACCUGGUGAUCAGUCCUGCCGAUUUGGUUACCUUGGUCAACGCGCUGUUCCCUGAAAGGAGGCCCAUGUCCGCCCAAUCUAGCAGCAUGCGAUCCGUUGCGCCCUCCGUCUCGGGCAUGUCGGGCCUCUCGCAGCCCAUAUCCAUGGCGGCUUCGCGCAGCAACUACGAGACGGCAUCGGUCCUGAGCACCAGCGCUUCUUCUUUCCUGAGCGACGCCACCACCUCCCGCGAAACUGCGCUGGACGAUCAGCGGGCGGGGUCGCCCUCCCGCUAUUCGCCCCCUACCUUGGACCUACCGGGCCACCAACGGUUCAACAACUACGAGGACGACGGCUACCGCUUGCGUUUUGCCCUGCGGGAGUUGAGUGCGACCCUGGGAAUGGAUGUCAUGCAAGGCUCCUGCCAUCCCUGCGCCGAACGCUGGACCGUCCUCUUCAUCUCUGCCGACGGCAACGGCCUGUCCCCGCAGAUGGCCUACGACCCCGAGGACGAGGCCGAGGACGACGAGAACUCAUCCACUACAGAUACCGACGAAGAGGAUGUCGAAGGGAGACCCGAAUUGGACAAGGGAUAUCAUCAGCUACGCGACGCUAUCCUGCGGUUGGUCGAGGACUUUGAAAUCCCCCAAAGCAUCGAGCCCGAGGGGUCUCGGGCCCAGUUCAGCAACCGGGCCAUGGGGAUCAAGCGGUAUCGCUCGAAGAACAAGGUGAUCACGACGGAGAAAACUCACAUGGCGAGUAAAAACCCCUACCGCAGGCGCGAUGCCGUCGGCCAGGAUACGGAGUCCCGCCGAGUUGGUUCCCCAGGCCGACAUGGUUCCAACUCGGCGACGAUGGAAGGCAAGCCGAGCAAUAACAAUAACGACUCCGCCGACUCGUCCUCGGUCCUCAUCACGAUGCUCGCGGCGGCAUCGUCCCAAUCCCAGGCUCGAUCGGACUUUGUGUCGUCCCAUAUGUAUUGGAAGACCCUGCAGCGACUGAAAGCCCUGACGUCACCUUCAUUGCGCCGCGACGGCUUUGCUGUUCUCCUGGACAUUUUCUCUCGGGGUCCACGCGACUCCAUUCGUCGGUGCGCUUCGGCUAUCGAGCAGUAUGACGCGUGGCUCGUGUGGCUGAAGCAAAGCCAGGAGAGACACGAGGGCCUCAUCGAGGCGAUGACGAAGCGACUGCGCUCGCUGCGGGACAAGAUGUGGUUCGUCUCCGAUGUGCGGACGUCGGGGCCGUACGAGCACAGCCGCAGCAUCUGUGCUGCGCUGAAGACGAUGGGGAGGCCACGUCGAUGGGGCGCUUAUCAGCGCAACAACAGGACCCCGUCUUCCGCACGGGGUCAGGGGCAAGCUUCCAACUACAUCCAUCGCACCGAGACCCAAAUGAUGGACCUCUUGUCCGCCUCGGAGGACCAGGGCGGACCCAACAAGCUCAAGGACGACCAGGCCGACAAGACCUCGCGGUGGCUACAGCAGGCGGACAUCGCCAACUUUUGUCGCGGCGAGGAGAGGAUCCAUCGGUUCUGUUGUGAGAUUGACACGUGCAUCUCCAAGCUCAUCGGAGAAUCGAUCACGGACGGCCCGGUUCUCUGGUCCAGUGAGCUGUACCUCAGGGACCGCAAAGCUCUCGAAGGCACCAAGGCCGGGCGGGAGAAGGAUCAGGUCUGGCCUCAUGGGCCAGGAGGGGACGACGGUGCGAGCGUGGUGAGCGAGCCGGAGCGGAAGCUCGGUUCGUUCGGCCGGUCCUCGGGCCUCCGCGCGCUUUCCGCGCACAACCUGAGCCAACAGUCGUUUGAUUCCGGCAGCUACCGAUACCCCAGGGGGAUUGCCGCCCUGUCCGACAUUAUCGAUGGCCAGGACUAUUUCGGUGUUUCGUCCCCAGUGCACACGAUAGAUUCGAGCUCGACAUUUUGGUCGCCAUUCCAAUCCGCCAUCGCUCCCAGCUCGGCAGCAUCCAGGGGGCACUCACCGACUACGAGCGUGACCAACCUGUCCUCGUUGCUCAAUCUUCCCUAUCAACCCCAUCAUGUCCCGUCAUUGUCCAGCCAGUCGACGACGGGUCGACCUGCCACAUCAGCGUCGUCCAAUGAGACGGCAGUCUACCAACAGCGACUGUCAGAAGACAAGACGCGCUUCUUUAGCGAGUUGAGACAGACAUUAACCAGUCUUCUCCUAUCCGACUUGGGCCAUUUCGUGUUCGCCGCGGGUUCGGAAACGGAUGCGUGGUUCGAGACGCUUGGGCAGGAGUGUAUCGAGCGGCGCGAUGCCCUAGAUCGUCGAGCCAAGGAGGCCAGGGAAGCGAAGGAGGCGAAGGAGGCGAAGGAAGCCAAAGAAAUGUCAUCCGCGUCUGUGAAGAGCAGGCCGCCGAAGGCCAGCGGGAAGCUCCGAGUCAUCGAGAAAAAGAAGAGCUUCGGGAACCUACGCAACGCAGGCGAGGCGGACAGGAACUCGGACGUUACGGAUGUCGGCAGCAGUCACGGGCGCGAUGGUUCGGUGAUCAGCGACACGGCAAGUUCGAACCGCGGGCGCGGUCGUGUCGCGAAGGAUAAGGACACGGACGGCGAAUUUCCCUACAAACAGGCGUAUCAACGACUCCUGCGCAUGUUCAGCAUUCACCCCAAUCCUUACGCGAAGAUGAACGCUCUAUUCGAGCUUGAGCAACUGAUCGUGGCGUCCCUCGCAAGUGGAACGAAGCGUGCACGACUGGGAUGGAAGCGGUCGGACAUGAGUUCGGCCGAUUCGGAUAGGGUAACAACAACAGGUCCCGGGCGCCCCGGCCCGCUCGGGGAUGACAUCGAUAACGUCAAAGAGCGUCGCUCACACGCCCUGCAGCAGUCUCCCGCACUUCCUCUUGCGGCGGCGGGCGCACACCAGGCACGUUACGGAGUAGCCGAUGCCUCUCGCUCGGGGGUCGCGUCCGCCACACUUGCCAAUAAAGAGGUCGUUACCGAGGUGUUGCGAUCACUCUUGCGAGACAAGACCAUCCGGCCCAAGACGCUGUUCCGAGACCUGCAAUUUAUCGCGGCGUUCGUCAACCCCACCAUCCUCGACAAGACGGAAAAGGGGAAGGCCUUCUGGGACACGGGAUUAGCGGCGCUGGCUCUCAAGUCAGAAGUGUGCCAGACGAUGCUGGACGUGGCGGACGAGGUACAGAAAGCGUUCAGAACCAGUAAAGGCGCCAAAGACAUUCAACCGCAGGACGCCGACGCCCCCGCUCCGCCGAGCUCUCCCGCGCCGGUCACAUCUACGUACACUCUGGCGGAUGCGGGCAGGAUGUGGACGAUCCUAGCCAAGGAGGGAGAUACGGCAGCUCAGCGGGAGCUCGCGCUCUUUUACUUGAUGGACCCUGAGCUCCUCGAGCGCACGACGCUCCCGCUUUCCAAGCCACGCGAGGUGUUCAAGCAGGCCGUCAUGGACAAGUACGGCCGGGGCUCGGGGCAGUCGAGGGGACACAGGUUUUAUUCCGGCGACCGGAGUCGGACGAGCGCGAGUGUCGGUCUACAGGGUUCGAUGCAGGAAGCGGGCGCGGAGGAAGGUGCCACUGUGUGGAACGACCCGUCGCUGAUGUGUAUCGCCGUCCACUUCUUUCAAGCUGCUGAGCAGGGAGGUGAUGGUCCGGCCACGGCCUUUCUGCGACAGAACGAGCUCGGCUGAAUUCAACGCGUCUUUUUCUUUGUACAAGGUCCUUGUUUGUACAUGUAAGGGGAACAUGGACUCUGGGGAUCUUGAGGGCCAUGAUAUUUUUUUUUUCUUGCUUUAGGCAUGUUCUUGAGUGUUGGGCAUUGGUUUUGAGGACGCGUCUGAAGGAUAUUCUGUAUUUCGGGUUUCUGAUAUUGUUGAUGGAGGAUAUACCACUUUGAGCUUACUUUUGUUUCGUUACAUACCCUGGAAGCAUUCGUAUAUUACUUGAUCUACGGGAGGGAAUGAUAGACAUAAAAUGUACUGCUCAUUCUUGUGUAUCUCGGC